AUGAGCUCGUCGUUGCUGCUGACAGACCGGCAAGCCGAAGAGCUACACAAGUCGAUAAUAGCCUACUUGGGCGUCAUCAAUGCGCCCAGGGCCGCCGAGGCCUUUCGGGAAGAAGCCAACAUCCCCGCCAGCUUCGACGAGGCGACGCGGAAAAAGUACGAGGGCAUUCUGGAGAAGAAGUGGACCAGUGUUGUCCGGCUGCAGAAGAAGAUUCUGGACCUGGAGCAGCGCAACGCCAGCUUGCAAAGCGAACUCGACUCCAACACACCGACUUCACUUCUACGGAAAAACCAAGACCCGACCGCCUGGCUGCCUCGAGCACCCGCCCGCCACACGCUCCAAUCGCAUCGUCAGCCUAUCACCUGCGUCGCAUUUCAUCCCGUUUUCUCCUCACUGGCCUCGGGGUCUGAAGACACUACCAUCAAAAUAUGGGAUUGGGAGCUGGGUGAGCUGGAGCGAACAGUCAAAGGACAUACCAAGGGUGUGCUCGACGUGGAUUUUGGUGGCCCAAGAGGUGGCACACUUUUAGCUUCGUGCUCCAGUGAUCUGACCAUCAAGUUAUGGGAUCCAUCGGAUGAAUACAAAAACAUACGAACGCUACCCGGCCACGACCACUCCGUCUCGGCCAUCCGCUUUAUCCCUAGCGGAGCAGCAGGUUCGCCUUCCUCUGGCAACCUCCUUGUCUCUGCUUCUCGAGACAAGACCCUGCGGAUAUGGGACGUCACAACGGGGUACUGCGUGAAGACGAUCCGAGGGCACGCAGACUGGGUACGGGACGUGGCCCCCAGCUUCGACGGACGAUGGCUCGUUUCCGCAGGCAACGACCAAACCGCCCGACUGUGGGACGCCAGCUCAGGAGAAGCGAAAUGCACCUUUCUCGGCCACGAACAUGUCAUCGAAUGUGUGACGAUAGCACCACCCGUCAGCUACGCCAACCUGGCCAGCCUAGCCGGACUCAAGAAGCCGCCACCGCUCAGCAGCUCUGCAGAAUUCAUUGCCACUGGGUCAAGAGAUAAGUCGAUCAAGAUUUGGGAUGGUCGAGGAACACUGAUCAAGACGCUCAUGGGCCACGACAAUUGGGUGCGCGCCCUCGUAUUCCAUCCGGGUGGCAAGUACCUCCUCUCCGCCAGCGACGACAAGACGAUUCGAUGCUGGGAUCUCACGCAAGAGGGUCGGUGCGUCAAGACAGUGCAAGAUGCUCACGGCCAUUUUGUGAGCUGCAUGCGCUGGGCGCCCAACGUGGUCAAAGACGUACCCGUGAAUGGAGACGCGCCGAAUGGGGCGGCCAACGGUGUUGCGAAGAAGAAGGAAGAGGAGACUGCCAAGGCGGGCAUACGCUGUGUUAUAGCAACCGGCUGUGUUGAUCUCAAUGUUCGCAUUUUUGCGUCGUAA